UUGUAGGCCGAGCCGGUUGUGCACUUUUCCUACAUACCUGUGCAUCAUGAACUUCAUUCAACCAUCCGAGUCUACCACCGACUUCAUCAACAGUCAGCGUAGGUAGUCCAUUCACAGACAGAAUGCACUGGGGAUAGAGUAACUAAAGUAAUCAUCGUCGAGCGACGCUCCUCCACUCGCUUUCCAAAACGAACGCCUCAAAAACCCCUUCAGCAAAUAAGUGCCCGAGUGAUGUCUCAUGAGCCACUCGCCCAGUUGGCAGUUGGCAGUUGCCGGUGCAACCCAAACCGGCGCUUUGUUUACUUCGCACCCCACCACCACACGUCUCCCCCCUAUUUUCACCACCACCUCCACCACCACUACCCCUAACAAAACCCACCUACUCUACACGUUCCUUUACCACCUCACGCAGCAAUAACCACAAUUCGAACACACACGAUGGGCCGCGUAACUCGCUCCAGCAAGAAGGCAGCCGCCGAGGCGUCGGUAGAGCCGGUUGAUACCCCUGAGCUGCACGCAGAGCAGGAGCGGGAAGAGGAGCAGUGGGAGGAGGACCAGCAGGACGAGCAGUUGGAGCAAGAGCAAGAAGAGGAGGGCGUGACGAGACGCGCUCCGAGCGCGCGGAAGGCGAAAGAUGCGAAGACUCCGGCAAAGAAGGGGAAGAAACGCGGCAAGAAGGGGAAGAACGCGAAGGCUGCGGACGAGGAGGCUGUCGAGUCGGAGGUGAAGGCGGAUGAGGACGAGGAUGCACAGGGCGCACAGGAUGCGUCUGCGGAAACCCGGGAGGAAGAGAUGCACGAGGAAAACGGGGAGGACGCGUCUGAUAUCCCUGUUUUCGCUUCUGAGGCCCCUGUUACUGCUUCUGAGACGUCGGUUGAGGUUGAUCACGAGGACGAUGCGAGUGUUACUGAACCGGUCGAAGAGGAGUCGGGGAUGGUCGUGGAAGAUGUCGUCGACGAUGUGGAGGAGAAAGUCGAAGAAGCGACCGUCUCGGUCACCGUCACCGAGCCGGAAAGCGACGCCGAGUCCGAACACGAAGAACCAGCAACCGUCACCGUCGCCGAGGUCGAGGCAGUCACCACCCCCGCCGAAGAUCACGGGCGCGACCAGGGCGACGACGACAUCAGUGCCGAACUCCAGCUGAUGGCGGACGAGAUGCACGGGAAGGUCGAUGAGGCGGCUGUCGACGCCGAGUUGGAGCAGAUGGCCGAUGAGGCGAGGCCGCAGACUCCCGAGAGACCGCAGGUCAUAACGGUUGCGAAGACGCCAAAGUUUGAUCCUACUGUUCACAUGAACGAGGAAGACUAUGAGGAUGUGGGGAACGAUAGUUUCGACCGACUUGUCUCGCCGAAGAAGUCAGCUGCUCCAUCGAAGCCGGUUUCGAAGCCGCGAACCGUCGUCGCCGCCGCUACAAAGGUAGCAGCCAAAACUACGACUACCGUAAAGUCGAAGGAUGAGAAGCCAAAGACUGGAAAGACUUUAAUGGCUCCGCCCAAGACGACAACUGUGGUCAAGAGGGCCGCGCGACCCAAAUCAACACUUGCCGUCCGCGACGCGCCCAAGUUGGCAAAGCGGAUGGCAUCUACAUCUUCCCUGAAUUCGUCGAAUGCUGCCGCUCCUGGCAAGGCCAGCGUGAAGCCACGUGCAGCCUCCUCGGGCUCGCAGAACUCGCAAGAGUCCACCGUCGUGAUUCCCCACAGCAAGCCGCGCGCAAUUGGCCUCUCAUUUCCGGCUCCUCCCCCACCAGCCAAGUCGACUAAACCACCCACCAAGGCCACGUUCGAGCUUCCGGGUGAGGCGUUCCAGCGCAAGAUUAAGGCCCAGAAGGAAGAGAGACAGAAGCGCAUGGAAGAGGAAGAGAAGAAACGCCGUGAGUUCAAGGCCCGACCAGCCCCGAAGACCACGUACAAGCCUGUCGUCACAGCGAAGACCGGCGGGCCUGCACGCGAAUCCCUCGCCAGUAUCUCGAGCUCCCGACGCAAUGCGCCGGAAGUCGCGGGUGGGGAAAAGACGGAAACCAAACCUGCUCCACAGAAGUACACUGUCCCCCCAGCGAGGAAGCCUGUCGCAGCUGGAACGAUCAGACCACCUCCAAAGGAGGAAGCUCCGCUCGAUCGUGUUGCCCAAGCGCAGGCUGUCCUCAAGGCGCGGAAGGAUGCGGCGGAGAGAGGAAGGCAGACUGUCAAGAUGUGGGCUGAGAGUCAGAAGCAGAAGGAGGACAGAGCCAAGGCUGCUGCUGCUGCAACUGCUACCGCUCCGCCAGCUACUGCAUGAGUGUCUCGAUUACCUAUAUACUUCAGUUAGCUCUGUUUGUCGGUGUGUGAACGAGGAUGUGGGACGGUGGGCUAUUCUGCAUUCUCGACUACGAUGUACAUUACUACUACUCCUUUCUUCCAUCCACUGCUCGUGGGAUGUUCAGUUUAGUUUAUCUUUUCAGUGGGAGUCGCCCGGUAGUUCUGGUUUUUUUAUUUGUGAAUCUCCUGCCGAGCAAGCUCGCUGUACUUUACUCUUUUAUUCUGUAUUUCACUUGAGUGCUUACUUUCUUACCUUCUUACUUACCAUCUAUUUGUGAUUAUUUUCUUUGGCACGUCGGUUUCAUGGACGAAAUGCGAUGUGCGGGACGAGCGCUGAUACCUCUUUCCAUUACAAUUUACUCAUGUUUCAUUGUUUCGUCUACUUUACUUUACUUUCUUUGCUUCGGACCUGCGGUCGUGCCGUGGUUCACGUAUUUAUAUAGUCUCCAAUGACAUCAAUGAUUAAG